AUGGGCGAAUUAGGAGAGCGGCAAGAUCCAUCGGGUGGCGUCAUGUACAAUCAGUUCGACCGCGUCAGGGUGGAGUAUACAUGGAAAGACCGCAUCCGCAAAGAGACUGAAGCACGGCUGUCAGGUCCUAGGUCGGGCUUCCAGAUGAACAUGGCGCAGCUGAGCGCCAGUGGUGGCUUCCUCCACCUCAAGCACGCCCACAACCGAUUAGAGACAGUUGUGGAGAAGGAGAUCAAGCAGUCUCCGCAGCAGCGAAUGUCAGCAGAAGGAAUGGACCCCAACAGCAUGGAGGUCCUCGCCAUCAAGCACAUGGCGAGAAGGCCGCCAGAGAAGUUUGACACGCCUAUGACAACCACACAUGAGCUAGGCAGCCAAACGCAGAUUUUGCUGCCACAUGUGUGA